UCCUCCUUCUCAGCAUUUUCAUAUAAAUACCCCAAACCCUCCUCAUCUUCCUCAACCAACAAAUUUUGCUAACAAAAUUUCUUGUAUUCUUUUGUAUCACAAUUCACAACUAGCUAACUAAGCUAAUCAACCAUGGUACUUUCACAUGCAGUCUCAGAUUCAGAUGCUUAUAUACAGUGCACCUUUGCUUCGCGCCAUCUCCAAACUCCGCUUCCUAGGUUCAAGAUGCCGGAAAAUUCAUUACCAAAGGAGGCCGCAUUCCAAAUAAUAAACGACGAGCUGAUGUUAGACGGGAAUCCACGACUGAACUUGGCAUCAUUUGUGACAACAUGGAUGGAGCCAGAGUGCGAUAAACUAGUGAUGGCUGCCAUGAACAAGAACUAUGUUGACAUGGAUGAAUAUCCUGUCACCACUGAGCUCCAGAAUAGGUGUGUGAACAUGAUAGCAAGGCUGUUCAACGCUCCGCUUGAAGAAUCAGAGGUGGCUGUCGGAGUUGGAACAGUAGGUUCGUCUGAAGCCAUAAUGCUAGCCGGGCUUGCCUUCAAGAGGCGGUGGCAGAACAAGCGCAAGGCUCAAGGCUUACCUCAUGACAAUCCUAAUAUAGUCACUGGCGCCAACGUUCAGGUGUGUUGGGAAAAGUUUGCAAGGUACUUUGAAGUGGAAUUGAAAGAAGUGAAACUACAGGAAGGAUAUUAUGUGAUGGACCCUGCUAAAGCUGUGGAUUUGGUGGAUGAGAACACCAUAUGUGUUGCCGCCAUUCUCGGCUCUACCCUCAAUGGAGAGUUUGAAGAUGUUAAGCUUUUGAAUGAUCUCUUACUAGAAAAGAACAACGAAACUGGGUGGGAUACUCCAAUACAUGUGGAUGCAGCAAGUGGAGGAUUUAUUGCACCCUUUCUGUACCCAGAACUAGAAUGGGACUUCAGGCUUCCCCUGGUGAAGAGCAUAAAUGUAAGUGGUCACAAAUACGGCCUUGUUUAUGCUGGGAUUGGUUGGGCCAUCUGGAGGAGCAAGGAAGACUUGCCUGAAGAACUCAUCUUCCAUAUCAACUAUCUAGGAGCCGACCAGCCUACCUUCACUCUCAACUUCUCCAAAGGAUCGAGUCAAGUGAUUGCUCAGUACUAUCAGCUAAUCCGUCUUGGUUUUGAGGGGUAUCAAAGUGUGAUGGAGAACUGUCAAGAAAAUGCUAUGGUUUUAAAGGCUGGCUUAGAAAAGACAGGGAGAUUCACCAUUGCGUCUAAAGACAAUGGUGUACCACUAGUGGCCUUCUCUCUUAAGGACAAUACAUUUCACAACGAGUUUGAGAUUUCGGAGAUGUUAAGGAGAUAUGGGUGGAUUGUACCAGCCUACACCAUGCCAGCUGACGCUCAGCAUGUCACAGUGCUCCGUGUUGUUGUCCGGGAAGACUUCUCCCGGACCCUUGCUGAGCGGCUUGUACUUGACAUUACCAAGGUGCUCAAUGAGCUUGAUCAUCUCCCUUCCAAGAACACUAAUAGUCAAAGUCAUCAUGCCAUGGGAAAGGAUGGAGUUAUCAAGGUGUCUAAGAAAACUGCACUUGAGACACAAAGGGAAGUUACUGAUUUAUGGAAGAAGUUUGUCAUGGCUAGCAAGAAACCCAGCAAAGUCUGCUAGAAUUUUCUGUUUCCAGGGGAUAGGAGGAUAGUAUUCGGCUGAUUUUUUCUCGAAUUAUCGUUCAUUUGUUUUUUGGGUUCCUUUUUUUUUUUUUUUUUUUUUUUUAAUUUUGAGUACAAUAAUUUUGAUAACAGGAGGAACAAUAAAAGUCUGACUUUAUUUCCUUUCUUAUAUUAUACAGUUAUUUUUCUGUAACAUGUAAUAUUUCUUAUAUCUACUAAGUAUACA